UCCACGGUUCUGUCACUAACAGAGGAGCACUGAGAUAGCGGGACACCGAACGCGUCUGGACCGUGUGGAAGAAGAAUCGUCCAGUUCGGUUUGUCCGUUACCGUCCAGCUGAAAACGGUACCUCCUCUCUUAUUGAAUAAUACCGCUCGCUAUUCUAAGAACUUGUUGUAGUUUAAAAGCGAUCCGGGAUUCACUUCUGAGCGUCACUCUGCCAUGAUGCACGGGUUAGCCAGCUAACGUUAGCCGGAAAACUAGCAUCCGCUGUUUGGGGGAAAGUCGCGGAGUCCGAGCUCCUUUUCUGGGCUGUGUGCGGGUGAUUAAACCGGGUUAAACAUGGGGGAAAGUGGCUGGUUCGUGGAGCCGUUCCGCUAUCUCCAAGACCCCCACCUUGUCGCCCGCUUUCAGCACAUUUGUGGAGUACGCGGGACGUUUUCGAGAACAGUCUGUGCCAGUAGUACUGCCACCAACAUCAGCGGGAGCAGCAAGGAGGCGGACCGGACUCGCUCGCACAAAAACGGUGCUUGCCAUCAUCACAUCACCGGGGGAAAUGAGAGUGAAAACUUGGCCGUCAUUGGAGCCGGUGAGGGGGAGAAAACACAAAUGACAGCAGCGGGGAUUCGGAAGAGGAUUACUGAGUCAAAUGUUGCGAAAACCCACGGGGAAGAAAGUGAAACUGGCACCCAGAACGGGGCAGUGGUGUCCGCAGAGACCGCCGGGGGGGAAACGGUUGGUGUGGGAAGUAGCAGCAGCAGCAGGCGCAGCCUCGCCGGGGCUACAGCCGCGGGACCAGACGGCAGCAGCUCAGUCGGGCCGGGCUUAUCAGGGGCGACCGAGGUAGAGGAGAGCGAGAACGGCAGCGAGGCCCCGGGUCGCUCACAGAGCAGCGCGGUGAAGCCCCUCCGCAGAAACUCUCUAACGGGCGAAGCCGGACAGGAGUUCCUGAUCGAGAACCGGUUCUUGUACUACCUCUUCACUUUCGGAACCGAGCUGGGCAACGAGUUCUUCUACAUCACAUUCUUUCCCUUCAUCAUUUGGAACCUGGACGCCUUCGUGGGCAGGAGGCUGAUCAUGGUCUGGGUCUGGGUCAUGUAUCUGGGACAGUGCACCAAGGAUGUGAUCGGUUGGCCCCGGCCCGCUUCGCCGCCGGUGGUCAAAGUGGAGAUGUUUUACAACUCGGAGUACAGCAUGCCGUCCACACACGCCAUGUCGGGCACAGCCAUCCCGCUCUCCCUGUUCUUCAUGACCUACGGCCGGUGGGAGUACCCGCUCACACUGGGCUUCAGCCUGGCUCUCUGCUGGUGUCUGCUGGUCUGUGUCAGUCGGAUCUACAUGGGAAUGCACUCAGUCCUGGACGUCAUGGCCGGUGUCCUGUACAGCGUCCUGAUCCUGCUCUUCUUCCUCCCAGCCUUGGACCUGAUUGAUGGCUUCAACCUGACCUGUCGCUACGCCCCGCUCAUCAUCAUCUCCCUCCACCUGGGCCUGGGCCUCUUUUCCUUCACCCUGGACACCUGGAGCACCUCACGGGGCGACACCGCUCAGAUCCUGGGCACAGGGGCCGGCGUGGCCCUGGCCUCCCACGUCAACCACUACCUGGGCCUCUUACCUGACCCGACACCAGACCAGCUUCCGUUCACCAUGCCCCCCCUCAGCGUGGGUCUGGUGGCCAUGGCCUUGCUGCGGCUCGUCCUGGGCGUCCUGGUGCUGGUGGCCACGCGGGCGGUGAUGAAGGCCAUCACCAUCCCGCUGGUGUGCUGGGUGUCUGGGGUGCCCAGCGGGGACGUGAGGAAGGCCAGGCAGCACAUGGAGGUGGAGCUGCCCUACCGAUACAUCGUCUACGGCACGGUGGGCUUCAACGUGCUCUUCCUGGUCCCGCUGCUCUUCAGCUACACACAGCUCUCCUGACUGGGUGCUCGCUCACAACAGUGAAGUGACCCUCCAGAUGUUUCACCUAAUGCUGUUAACAGAUCGGUUUUGUUACUUCUGUUCAUCCAAAACCACUUUCCUAACCAGAGGCAGCUGGUUUGGGACGAUGAAGGUGAAUUAAAGCCUCAACACUGAUCUGGACUCGUCCUUUUUUAUCAGCUUCAUAGUUCUUCUCCUGAUGGAUGAAUCAGGGGCAGCUGAUGGCCUCUGAUUCGCCGAGAGCUGGUAAAUUUGGCGAGUGAUAUCUCGACGGCGUCAGAGCUGAACAUCCACUCCUCCUCCUCCACCAGCUUAAUUCAUCUAAAGCAAAAAACAAACUGUCGACCGUGGCCUCUGAAAGACUGCAAAUGCCACUGAUUGCUACUGAUAGAAACCUGUGUCUUAGUAUUUACAGUUUUAUUGAUGCUGUUAUUAAGAGCUCAGACAAAGAAUCAUACAGGUGAGAAGGCUGAACAUGUUCCUGCAUUUAACAGCAACAUGUCACAGCUGUGUGAACUCUGAUUUUACUAAAUGUUUUCAGCCUUUUACCAGAUGGAAAGUGUAAAGAGCUGAUGAUGAUGAGUUCGACCUCGUGUUUGGAUCAGCUGACGAUUGUUUUCAUCGUCCAUUAACCUGCUGAUUUGGUGAAAGUGAAAAAUGUCUCAUUUAAUCUGAUGAACAAUCUAAAGCUCACAGACAGAAUCAGUUAGAAAACAGAGAAAAACAUUCACACUGACGAAGCUGCAACCAGAGAAAGUUUUUUGUGUUAAAAAAAAAAAAUGCUUGAUCAAUUAUCGAAAAUCAAAAGUUUGAUGUUUGAACUUUGUGUGGUUCUUUGUCUGAAAGCUUCUUAAUAUUAAUAUUUGAUUUUCUUUCCUUUGUCUCGCCUCUUAAAGCAAUAAGACUCUAUGAUUUUAGACUUCCUUAUUCCUGUGUGGGAGUUUGUCCUAAUGCACUAAGGUUCCUCUGCGUCCUGUGUUUAGUUCUCCGUCUUUCUGUGACCUGUCUGACUAACGGAGACAGGUUUCCUCAGAAAUCGGGAAUGGAAUUGUGUUUGUUCGCACAGUGUUUUUUCUCAAAGGGCUCCGUCUGCUCUCUCCACUGUGUCUGUGCUUUUCUGCUCUGAGAUUGAUUCAUUUUCCUGCGAGCUGCCAAAGCAGCGAUAGGGCACAUAUGAUCCUGAAGGAAGGAAUGAAGCGUCGCUUUGUUUGGGAGAAGCACAGAGAGGUUUUCAGUAGUUUAUGUUUUCCUGUCAGGAUGACGGGAAUCUGUCCUCUUAGCUCAGCUUGUUUCUUUAACACUGUAAAACUUGACUUCCGGUUUGAUAACACGGGGAUGACGCUGCUCGCAGGAGGUGGGAGGCGAGACAUGUGGGUCACAGACGGUCGAGGGACAAAGUUACACAUUGCUCAUUCUGGAAAUAAUUGUUUUUCCCAGUAAAGUUAUAACCUUUACCUGACAUGACAAGUCAGCAUGAACAGAGGCAGCUCAGGUGUUCGCUGUCCAGCACCAGCUCAGCUUCCUGUGUCCAAACACAACAGGGUCAGGACUCAACUGCUCCAGCUGUUUGUAAAUCCAUCAUCUUCAGUUUAACGUCGUCGUUAAACAUCAUGUUUGUCGGUUUCAGAAACAGAAAAGCGACAGCGUCUUCAUCAGAACUGUUUGUUGGUGCAGCUCGUUUCAGUGUAGGAGUACGCACGUGACCAACAGCUGGUGCAGCUGGAUCCUGACCCGAGCAGAGUCCAGAGGUUUCAGAUGUUCUAACUACUUAUCUGCUCAUGGAGCGAUGGUGGAUUUACUGCUACGGCUGUUAUAAAGCCAAACUGUCUCCUCAGCGUCCGUGUGGACAUUGACUCCAGCCUUCUGUCCCCUGUCGUCCUCCCACACUGCAGCUCAGAGUCUCAGUGAUGAUGGACCAACCUGAACUUUUACUGGUGUUGUUUUUUUUCUGUGCCUGCUUCACUUUUUUCUUCUGAAGUGACCAGAAAGGACCAAAUCACAUUCAGAAUGAGCUUGAAGUGUAUUUUUCCUGCAGCACCAAAAUCUUUUUUAACAGCAACGUGUCCUGUUUCACUGUAAACAGAAUAUUUUCAGUUGAAUUCCAGCUGCUUCCAGCUGUUUGUACCUGACGGAUGAAACAGAUCACUGAGCGUCUGUGAGCGUGAACCUUCACCUGAAGCACGAGGGACGUUUCCACUGACGUCCAUCUGCACCGAGUCUCUGUCCUCCAUUUUAAAGACUGAACAUCUGGACAGAUGUCUGAUGGUUCAUUCACACAGGGAGAGAAACCUGCUUCCUGAGGUUGUGUGCGAAGUGCCUUGCUCCAGGGCACAUGGCGGCUGCUGCAGCGUUCAGGUGCUGCUGCCCCCUGCUGGAGGCAUCUCACCUCUGAUCUGACAGAGUCCAGAGAAAAACUUUCCCCGAGUCUUAAUUUGCCUUGUUGACGGCAGCAGGUUCAGCAGGAAGCCGUGUGUUACGAGCUCACUUGUUGUUGUUGUUGUUGUUGUUGUUGUGUACGGUACUGUCCUAAUGAGAAUGCACUGUUCCCAGAAUGCACUGUUUCCCCUCUUGAGCCGGACAGAAAGGGUGAAGUUGGUCCUAAAUGCUGAUCUGAGGUCAGAUUUGAGUCGGGAUUAAGGGAAAGUGAAUUCAGAUUAAACCAGAGUUUAGAGAAAAUGUGGGAUUUUAGCAGUUUACCUGCAGUCAGGCGAAUGUUUGUGUUUAUAUUUGGUUCGUGGCAGGUAGAGUUUUAUUUUACUCUCUGGUUUUAGAGGUUGAUUCAGUUGGUAAAAUAAUAAUAAGUAAUUAAGGAAUCAGACGUGUUUUCUUCCUGUUACAGGAGGAUGAAAGAGUUUAAGGCACAUACUUUGUUUUACAUGUUGAAGAUAAGUUUGUGUUGCACCUUUAAACAACGAGGCAAAAAUAUAUAGAAAUAUAUAAAAGAAACAAGGCAACACAAAACCACCACGAGUCGUGGUAAUGGAGCUGAAACUUAAAGCACAGUUACACAGUUAAACCUAAACUUAAACACAACUCACUCACUUUGUCAGACUCAUAAUAAAACCAGGACAUCGCAGAUGGAGCAGCUUCACCCGGAGUUCAUCCGGCUCGUUUCACACCCUGUGGCCUCGCUUUGUGCACCAACAUGUUUCUUUCUGUGUGUUUUUGUCUGAAACGGCCCAAAAAUGUUGCCACUGUUUUAUAAGAUUUCAGCGAAUAUUAAAAUAAUCCACAGGGUGAAAAGCUGAAAGUCAGAGUUCGUGUUCAGACGCUUCAGUCAGAGGAGUUUGGUUCAGAAAAAUGUGGUUUCACUGUUAAAUCUGAUUCAUGAAGAAAAAAACGUGUCGUGACGUGUGAAUCAAACCGGUGAUGAAGCAGGAGGAGGUGUAAACGUAUAAACAGGUUCACCUGUGUGUGUGUGUGUUAGACUGAGGAAAAUUGGAAAAUGUGUUGGAUUAAUGGAUUUUCUUUUAUCUGUGGUAACGUAUCUGAAGCUGAGCUGGUCCGAGGUCUCAGUGUUUGUUAUGAUCCAAACUUCUGUCUGAUUUGAUUUGAUUUAAUUUUAGUUUUUGUUGUGAUUGGUGCGAUCCUAAAACCUGUCACAGAAACGCUCGACUGUGUCGUUAUCAUCUGAAUUUUGCUGUAAAAUCCAAAUUUCGUUGAAUCAGUUGCAGAAAACAAAUUUUUAAAACUUGUCUGUGUGAUCUCAGACGUCUCCUCAGCUCAUGGACACAAUCAGGGACUUUAUCUGUAAAUUCUUAAAUUAUCAUUUUUGAAAAACUGAGCACAGGAGACGUUUUUAGCUCUGGACCCGAUCCAGACCUGGACCUGGACCCUCGGCCUCUGGUGGCCAAAUGCACAGCUGAGGCUUUUUCUCUCUUGUUGAAAUACUGGAUCUCAGAGAAAUGACUUUCUAUAUAAAAUUAGUGACGUGACCAAGUGAGCAGCGGUUGAGCUGUGUCGCCGUCGCUGCGUUAGCCUGACUCUGCUGACUCAUGCUUCAGUGCCUUUACUGUUCAGGAAGAUGAAGCCGUUUAUCUUUCCUGUGAAAACUCUGACACUUGGUUUCUCUUCACUCUCCUCUGUCGUGUUUCCUUUUGCACUUUGUAGCUGCAUAAAUGUUUUAUUCAUAAUUAUCGUUUCCCAAACUGCUGCUUGCCUUCACGUAAAUUAGCAACAAGUGAGUCACUGUAGAUAAAAACCCGAGUCGUUUUUAUGUCCGUGUGUCUUUGGACAUAUUUACAUUCACUGUUUGCAUGACAAAGGAAGAGUGGAAAUGAGUUUUGUGUGUUCAUCUGUUUGGUUUGAGAAGAAAAAUGUUCACAUUUCAAAGGGUUUAAUUCCAGAAUGGCUCAGAUGCAUGUCAGAGAAAAGAGUUCUCAGCUGAUUUUCUGUUUUAAACGUUUGUGUGUCUUUGAGUUUGCGUCGUCUGCGGCUCUCAGAAAUCCUGUCGUUUUACUUUGGAAUUAAACUCCUCGUGUUUCUGUUUGCAUCAGUUGUUCAGUCGUGUCCUGAUCUGACUGACGUGAACAUCAGAGAACCUUUUAUGCAGUUUCACAGUGUUUUUUCUAUCUGCAGAUUUUAUUGUUAAAUUUGAUCUGAUUCUAAACGAGGCUGUUUCUGUCUGACUGUGUGAAAUUAACUGCAAUAAAAAUGAUGAUAAAAUAAAGUA